AGUCGCUAGACAUAAUAACCGGAGGAACCCUAAGAUAUCAGAGGAAUGUCGCUGAAAGCCCGCAUCGAAGACGGCAUUGUACAUUCACCCUAUCCCGGUGGUUCUGUACCAAAGAUUUCAGUCUGUCAGGCCAUAAAAGAUAGGCUGCUUCAACAAGGUGAACGGACUGCAUUAAUCUGCAAAGAAAAUAAAGUGACAAGCUCAGAGAUGCUGAAGAUGCUUCAUCAAUACGCCGUCGGUUUCCAACGCCACGGCGUAAAGCCAGGCGACAAAGUGCUCGUACACGUGGACAAUUUUCUGGAAAGUUUCAUUGCCAUGUAUGGAGUCGUGUUUGCUGGAGGCGUCGUCAUACCAUCUGAGCUGGCAUCAGAAGAAGACGAACUUCAGACAAAAAUAAAGGACGGAAAGGCCAGUCACGUGCUCACCACACCAAGCGAAGGCGACCUGCUGAAAGAGUUAACUCCAGACACGCAUAUUCGGGAACGCUUUGUUGUAGGUGAUAAGCCUGGAUUCAUUUCGGUGACAAAUUUUAAGAACGUACCGGAAGAAAGUUUUAUUGACCUUCCAGUGGUCGAUGUUGAAAGAGAACUGAUCGCUCUUUGCUUCACAUCCGGCACAACGGGCCGCCCAAAGGCCGUCGAAGAAACGCACUACAGUUGUGUCGCUGGGCUCCAACUAUACAGCUGGAUGCCCGCUUCACGCCGAAGCUGAGAAGCGGCACUCGUGGUGCUGCUUUCGCCUUUUGAUGCAUAUAGCUGGAGUACGAGGGCAGCAGCGUUUAAUCCUAAUUCGUAAUUUACUGUGUUCGAUUGAACAAGGUGACGAAACUUCAAGGUCAAAUUGCUCGACGUGCGCUAUUCGUAGAGCCCGUUCCCAGAUGCGCACCGAGGAUGUGGAAAAGGGAACCAGAAGAUCACAAUGCCGAGGACGGUGCCCGAUACUCCUACAUGACUAAACACAACCCCCCCCC